GCCCGCGACGUCAUCGCGCGGCGCCGGCGGCGCGCCGGGCACGUGCGGCGUGUUGUAGCUGUCAGCGCUGUCGCUGCUAUGGCGGUGCCGGUGCCUGAGCCGGAGUUGCGGCGGGUGUGCCAGCAGGCCUGGGAGCCCGUGCUCGCCAGGGCUCUGCGCGCCGUCAUCUACCUGGACGCGGCCUCUGCCGAGGCGCUGCACUGGGGCGGCGGCGGGGCGGGCGAGCUGCUGGCGGCGGGGGCGCUGGCCGUCAGGGCGCUGCCCGCUGAGGCAUCGGCGGGAGCGGCGGGGGCGAACCGCGUCGUCUUCGUGGUGAGCGGAGCGCUGCGGGGUGGCACCGCCGCUGCCGUGCGCGCUGUGCUGGGCCAGUGCGCCGUGCGGCACUGUGUGCUGGUGUCCGGCGGUGAGGCGGAGGGCGGCGGGCAGGCCGAGCUGGAGGGGACGCUGCGGCGGUGGAUGGGCGGGAGUGGGCGAGCCGAGGUGCUGCUGCGGGGCUCGCCGCUUCUGGCGCCCGUUUCGGCGGAGCUCUGCCUGCUGCCCGCCCUGGAGGCCCUCUUCCCGCCUCUGCCCGGCUCCGGCGGGACUGGCCCCGCGGAGACCGGGCUGGACGCUCUGCCCGUUGAGCUGCGGGUGGUGGUGCGGGCCCUGGUGGGCGACCUGGACGCUCUCUUCGCCGCCCUGGGCCUGCGGGAGGAGAGCUUUGCCGUGGGGACCUUCAGCAGGGUCGUUGCUGCUGAGCUGGCGAGCUACGCCCCAGCCAGGAACAGGAGGAGGACGGCCACUAACAAGGCCUCUGUUGUCUUCGUGGACAGGACAUUGGACCUCGCUGGAGCAGUUGGUCAUCAUGGUGACAAUCUCGCAGAGAAGAUACUUUCUGUGCUUCCCAAGCUUCCUGGCCACAAGACCGAUGUGGUGGUUAACAUGGUGGAACUUACAGCACUGCAGGCUACAGAUGAAACUUGUGGUAUUAUAGCACCUGGCUGCUUAGCACAACCGAAUGAUCCAGCUGCCAAAGCUCUCUGGGAGUCCUUCAUGAACCUCAAACAAAAGGAAGCUGUGAUGGAGGCUAGGAGACACCUUGUGGAGGCUGCGAGCAGAGAAAAUUUACCUAUUAAGAUGAGCAUGGGCAGAGUCACCCCAGAACAGCUCAGCUCAUACAUUCAGCUUUUCAGAAAUAAUUUCAAAGCUUUGGAGAACCAUUGUGGUCUUCUACAGCUUGUGCUGGCCACAGUCCAGACUUUGAAACACCUCCAGACUUCCAAAUGGGACAACUUCCUUGCCUUUGAGAGAUUACUUCUGCAGACUAUUGGCGAGUCAGAAAUGCCCAGUGUUUUGAACCAGUUAUUGCCAAUGAUCAAGUCUUACAACAACAGGACGAAAGAUGAUUAUACCUGUGAGGACUUCCUUAUCUUGCUGGUAUACAUGUAUUCUAUUGUCGGAGAAAUCAAAAGUGGAAAAGAGCUGGACGCAGCUGAAGAAGGGGUGAAAAAGGCCUUAGUCAAGGCUAUUUGUGAUGAGCCAGAGCCAUCUCCUAUGCUGCAGAAAAUAACAGGCUGUGACUCAUUGCUAAACCCAACAUCUGAGAAAGCCACAGAUGCAGUGGACAAUAUCUUUCAAAUCCUCAGGGAUAUUGCAAGAGCUCGAAUGCACAUGAAACAGUUUAAUUCCAUACAUAAUCCAGGCAGCAACACACACCAGGCAUCUUACAAACCACUGCUGAAACAGGUGAUGGAAGAGAUCUGUAAUCCUGAACGACCUGAUCCUGUUGAUAUUGAGCAUAUGUCAUCAGGUCUCACCGAUCUCCUUAAAACCGGAUUCAGCAUGUUCAUGAAGGUGAAUCGCCCUCACCCUGGUGAUCAUCCUCUUCUGAUCAUCUUUAUGGUUGGUGGAGUGACAGUCUCUGAGGUCAAAAUGGUGAAGGAUCUGGUAGCAACACGCAAGCCUGGUACCCAGGUAAUUGUACUCUCCAAUGCACUCCUGACACCACUUGGUGCUAUUGAGUCAUUGUUUGCCACGGACCGUCUCAAGCCUGACAUGGAUAUGUGACAGGGGAGGAUCUGUGGAGAAGAUGAGUGAGUGCCUCAACUGGCAACAUCCCUCGUCUAUUGCUUUUCCCAAUAGCCUUACAAAAAAUUACAUGUCCCCAUGGCUCCAUCUGAAAAGGGGUGAAGCAGCUGGAUAUCUGGCUGCAAGGGAACAUGCGCAGCUCACGGGUGGCUUUUCAAAAUGGCCCAGUUGUCCAGCAGCAGCUCCCCCUCCUUAACAGCAACACUGAACAGUGCUGCCUCACCCCAGCCCCACUCUGCGUGGCAAGGACGGUUACUUGUAAUAACUCCCUAGAAAAAGAGCAGCUGAGGACCAGGUGAUGCUGAAUUUGCACUCGCCGAGGAGUACUUUUUUCUGAGUAUUCCUGGUGAUUUCACUGGGGUUGCUUCUGGUGGGAAAUGCUGCUGAGGGUGUGAAAGGCUAGCGAAAUCCACCGACUCUGUCAUGUUACCUUGCAAAGCACAUGUGCCUUAUACAGCAUUAACCGCCUCUGCCCUUACUUUGCCCCUCACCCCAGAGACACAACAGAGCAUGGCCCUGAUUUAGCGGGCAGAGCAGCUCCCAGUCCAGUGAGGCUCUCUCAGCAGGACUGGUAGAGGGAGAGAAGCAGAGAGCCAGACUCAAGGACUGGGUUACAUGGCUGCUUCUCCCUCGGCUUCCUGUUUUCUGCUCUAGAUUCUCCACCCCCAGUCUCAGGAGAAAAGACUGUUUCUGAUGGCACACUUCUGUGUGGGUUUAUGCAGAAGGACAUAUGGGCUGUAAUGGUUUGAUGAUAAACCUGGAAGAAUCCUCCUCUCACAUGCAUUUAAGAAAGUUAAAGAGAGAAGGGGGAAAAAAAAAGAAGCAUCCCAUUUUCCAGAGGCCACAGCAACAGUUUCUUUCUUGAUCUAGAUUUCUGAACAGCAUGAACAGAGAACUAUCAAAUUCAGUUAUGUAAUUUUUCUUUAUAAAACUUUGCUACAAUCUGUGAUAAAAAAGCAGCAGCCAGUAGAUUGUGAUUGCAUAUAGCUCCAAGACUUCCAAAUUGCAAUAUAAUGUGGUAGAGCUAUAAAGCUGUGUCCUCUUGCUUCAUCCAAGGGAUGCUGAGACUACAGCUUACACUAAGAUGAGAAUGUGAAAUUAUAAGUGACAUUCACUCUAUCAUAGCAUUCUUUAUUUUGUCAAAGGAAUAGAUUAAAUGGGAAGUAGCUUUUUAACCUUUGUUCACUAGCUAGUUUAAUUCUCUUAAAUGUUUAUAAUGGUCUUCAGGAAAGGGUGCAUUUUGAUUUACAUUCACUUUUGAGUGGCUAGAAGGAAACAAAGGAGUGAUUAUGAAGCAUGGACAAUGUCGUUUCUAUGGAAGAAAAUUUAUAAGUGUCUAUAGAAUGGAACUUUGUGCUAUAAAAAAUGAGAAAUAUUGUGAGAUUGCUAUGUUAAAAGCUCAAGAAAUAGUUUGAACAGAGAAACUGGAAAGCAAAUAGCCAGUGUCUUGGUUUCUU